AUGAUUUGGUUAAUUUUCCUGAUCUCCAUCCUGAAUGGAGCUGUCUCCCAGCUACACUACUCCGUGCCAGAGGAGCAGGAACCUGGCUCUGUGGUUGGGAAUAUUGCAGAGGAUUUGGGGCUGGACAUUACCAAACUUUCCGCUCGCCGCUUUCAGACGGUGCCUAGUUCGCGAACACCUUAUCUGGAGGUGAACUUAGAGAACGGUGCGCUCGUGGUGAAGGAGAAAAUUGACCGGGAAGAAAUCUGUAAGCAGACCAUCCCGUGCUUAUUGCACCUGGAGGUGUUUCUGGAGAACCCGCUGGAGCUCUUCCGCGUGGAGAUUGAGGUGAUGGAUAUCAACGACAAUCCUCCCAGCUUUCCCGAAACAGAUAUUUCCGUGGAGAUUUCGGAGAGCGCCAUCCCCGGGACCCGUUUCCCGGUGGAGAAUGCCUUCGACCCUGACGUGGGCACAAACGCGCUCAGCACAUAUGCCAUAACAAAUAAUAACUAUUUUUACCUUGACGUGCAGACACAGAGUGACGGGAACAAGUUCGCAGAGCUGGUGCUGGAGAAGCCGCUGGACAGGGAGCAGCAGGCGGUGCACCGCUAUGUGCUGACGGCUGUGGAUGGGGGCAUCCCGCAGAGGACCGGGACGGCUCUCCUAGUCGUUAAAGUUCUGGACUCUAAUGAUAACGCGCCCACCUUUGACCAGUCUGUGUACUCUGUUAACCUGCGAGAAAACUCUCCUGUGGGCACUCUGGUCAUUCAGCUCAACGCCACGGAUGUUGACGAGGGACAAAACGGGGAAAUAGUUUAUUCUUUCAGCAGUCAUAACGCCCCGCGGGUAAAGGACUUAUUCAACAUUGAUGCCAGAACAGGCAGGAUAGAGGUGGCGGGUGAGGUGGACUAUGAAGAGAGCAACACGCACCAGAUUUAUGUCCAGGCUAAAGACAUGGGGGCUAAUGCGGUCCCCGCGCACUGUAAAGUGCUGGUCAAACUCAUGGACGUGAAUGACAACACACCAGAGAUCGGUUUCAGCACUGUGACUGAGUCCGUAAGCGAGCAGGACGCCCCGGGCACGGUGAUCGCACUUUUUAGCGUCUCAGACAGGGACUCUGGUGAGAAUGGACAUAUGAGCUGCGAAAUAUUGGGAGACGUUCCUUUCAAGCUGAAAUCGUCUUUUAAAAACUACUACACCAUCGUGACAGACGGACCGCUGGACAGAGAGAACACUGAUUCCUACACCAUCACUGUGGUGGCCAAAGAUAAGGGUCAGCCUUCGCUGGCCACCAGCAAGUCCAUUAAAGUGCAUGUCUCCGAUGAGAAUGACAAUGCGCCCCGUUUUACGCAGGCUGUUUAUGAUGUGUAUGUGACUGAGAAUAAUGUGCCCGGUGCUUUCAUCCACGCCGUGAGCGCGUUGGACCCUGAUAUAGGACAGAAUGCUCUUAUUACUUACUCCAUAUUGGAGUGUAACAUACAGGACAUGUCUGUGGCUACAUAUGUGUCCAUAAACCAGGACACCGGCUACCUUUACGCGCUGCGCUCGUUUGAUUACGAGCAGCUGAAGGAGUUUAGCUUCAUGGUCAAGGCUAAAGACUCUGGUGCUGCUGAGCUCUUCUCUAAUGCCACUGUAAAUGUGAUCAUUGUUGACCAAAAUGACAACGCUCCCACUGUAAUAGCCCCCAUCGGUAAAAACGGCACAGCCAGAGAGCACCUACCGCGCUCGGCAGAGCCCGGCUACCUUGUGACGCGCAUUGUGGCCAUGGAUGCGGAUGAUGGCGAGAACGCACGGCUGUCCUACAGCAUCCUGCGGGGCAACGAGAUGGGGAUGUUCCGAAUGGACUGGAGGACGGGGGAGCUGAGGACAGCCCGCAGGAUCUCUCCCAAGCGGGACCCGCAGGGCUUCUACGACCUGCUGAUCGAAGUGAGGGACCACGGGCAGCCCCCUCUCUCCUCCUCGGCGAGUGUGAGCGUAAUAUUAGUGGACAGCGUGGUCGAAGGCCGCAGCGGGGACCGCGGCUCGGCCUCCAAGGCAAAGGAGACCUCCCUCGACCUCACCCUCAUUCUCAUCAUCGCUUUGGGCUCCGUGUCCUUCGUCUUCCUCUUGGCUAUGAUCGUGCUUGCCGUGCGCUGCCAAAAAGACAAGAAGCUCAACCUGUACACGUGCCUACUGGCCGGUGAUUGCUGCCUGUGCUGCGGCUCGUGCUGUAGCAGACAGGCUCGCGGCCGGAAACAGAAGAAGCUGAGUAAAUCCGACAUCAUGUUAGUUCAGAGCACCAACGUGACGUCAGGGGUCGGGCCCGUGGGGCAGGUGCCCGUUGAGGAGUCUGGUGUGGGCGGCGUGGGAGGGGGCUUCGGCUCCCACCACCACCAGAACCAGAACUCCUACUGCUACCAGGUGUGUCUUACACCGGAGUCCGCAAAAACGGAUCUGAUGUUCCUCAAACCGUGCAGCCCCUCCCGCAGCACUGACACGGAUCACACCAACCCCUGCGGCGCCAUAGUCACGGGUUACAGUGACCAACAACCGGACAUCAUAUCCAAUGGCAGUAUUCUCUCUAAUGAGACAAAACACCAACGAGCAGAACUCGGCUAUCUUGUGGACAGACCCAGACGUGUCAACAGCUCGGCAUUCCAGGAAGCAGACAUCGUCAGCUCCAAAGACAGUGGUCAUGGCGACAGCGAACAGGGCGACAGCGACCACGAUGCCACCAACCGGGGUCAUUCGGCCGGUGCUGACCUGUUCUCCAACUGCACAGAGGAGUGCAAGGCCCUGGGCCACUCCGACCGCUGCUGGAUGCCUUCCUUCGUGCCGUCCGAGGGGCGUCAGGGGCCGGACUACCGCAGCAACUUGCACGUCCCCGGCAUGGACGCCACACUGCCCGACACAGAGGUACCCUCCUCCGUCAACCUGUCCGACCAACUCACCAUGACCUCGUCCACCGCCUCGUCCAACGAUAGGUCAUUCUCCACCUUUGGCAAGGACAGUCAGAGGUCACAGUCACACCACAGCCUUCACCAUCACCUCCAUCAGCAACAGCAGCAAUACAGCUCCAGCACGCUAGAGAGGAAAGAGUAUGAUAGGGGGACCCUACCGUACAAACCCACCUUUCUCUCCCGCAAAAGGAUUUGCUAGCUCAUUUCACGUGGACCUGUCGGAGACGGCGUGAAUUUCUGUACUAGACCACCAACACUGAUGCUGGAGACAGCGAAAUAAAACUAAACAAACAGAAACCUGGACAACAGCAACCUUUGUUAAUCUUCAUUAUCUUGGGUGGCGAACUGUAACAAAGCCUUGGCAGUGGUCGCUAAGGAAGGAGAGGAGAAAUAAAUUCUGUAGUAGCUGUAAACCUCUAAAUAUCUGAGGAGCAAUCCAAGGCCUUAUUCCUCUCAGCAGGACUGAGACCAGGGCCACAACACUCGACAUGUGAAAAUUCUAAAGUCAUCAGCAGACCGAAGAGAGAAACUGAAAUGAACAGAGGAAUACAAAACAAGAACAAGAAGAAGAGGGGCCGAUUAACUCACAGAGGUGACUUUUUUUUUGACUGAGGAGUUAGCCUCUAGUGUGUGCCUGUUUACAUGAAGAAAAAAAACUAAUGUUUCUGUACAAACUUCAACCAAUGUCACACGGAACCCUUUAGCUAUUUCUAUGGUCACCAC